CAGUACAGGUAGGGUUUGUUACCAGCCUGAAAUCCAGUUUUCAGAGUGUUGUUUGUCAGUGGAGAAGACAACGUGUGAGGAUUUUGCUGUGUAGUGCCAACGGUGUGAAAGUAUGAAGUUCGUUCGGUGUUUGUCCAGGGCUGCUGCUUUAGCAAGUGUGCCUAAACAUAUCGAGCAUUUCUCCAAAUUUUCGCCAUCGCCCCUUUCCAUGAAGCAGUUCCUGGAUUUUGGUUCCGGCAAUGCAUGUGAGAGAACGUCCUUCAUUUUCUUGCGGCAGGAGCUUCCUGUCCGAUUAGCCAACAUCAUGAAGGAGAUUAACCUGUUGCCUGAUCAGCUAUUGGCUACCCCCUCUGUGCAACAUUUACAGAGUUGGUAUGUGCAGUCUCUCCUAGACCUUAUGAAUUUUCAUGACAAUAAUCCGGAGGACCCUGGUACCUUGGAAGACUUUGCAGAUGCUCUCAUUAGAAUUCGCAAUCGACACAAUGAUGUAGUUCCCACAAUGGCACAAGGUGUGAUUGAGUACAGAGAGACAUAUGGAACUGAUCCUGUAACCAGUCAGAAUAUACAGUAUUUCUUGGAUCGCUUUUACAUGAGCCGUAUCUCCAUCCGAAUGUUGAUUAACCAGCACACCCUUAUUUUUAAUGGCAGUGCUAACCCUGCACAUCCAAAACACAUAGGAAGCAUUGAUCCCCACUGUGAUGUCGUAGCAGUAGUUAGAGAUGCCUUUGAUGCUGCAAAAAUGUUGUGUGACCAGUAUUACUUGGGCUCCCCUGAACUUGAAAUCGAAGAAUUCAAUGCCAUCAGAAGAGGAAGUCCAAUUCACAUGGUGUAUGUGCCAUCCCAUCUGUAUCACAUGCUUUUUGAACUUUUUAAGAAUUCCAUGCGAGCCACAGUUGAAUACAAUGAGAAUGUUGUUAUAUUUCCUCCAGUUAAAGUGCUGUUGUCUCUGGGACCAGAAGAUCUUUCCAUUAAGGUGAGUGACAAAGGAGGAGGAGUUCCACUGCGUAAAAUUGAGAGACUCUUCAGCUACAUGUAUUCCACAGCACCUACACCUAAGUUCGGCGACACCAGCCGAGCCCCCCUGGCUGGUUUUGGCUAUGGACUGCCUAUUUCUCGUCUCUAUGCCCGUUACUUCCAAGGAGACCUACAGCUUUACUCUAUGGAAGGAUAUGGAACAGAUGCUGUCGUCUACCUCAAGGCAUUAUCAACUGAUUCUGUGGAGAGGCUGCCUGUGUACAACAAGUCUGCAUGGAGACAUUACCAAGCAAGUCCAGAGGCAGAUGACUGGUGUAUCCCUAGCAGAGAGCCAAAGAACUUGUCUGUUACCACCCCUAGCAAGUGAAGAGGACUGUGAUAACAAGUGGCUUACCUUGCAGAGUGGGCCAGGCUGAUUCAGUGACUAGAACUAGUAAGGAGCACAGACUCCUGGAGCUGAAUACUAAGGAAAAGGGACCUCACAACUAUUGAUCAUACUUGGCAUUAGACCAUUGGAAGUUUCCACAUUUCAUCUGAAUUUAGACACCAGAUGGACUGGCACAAGGAGCAGUGUGUCAGAUGGCAUUUGGAUUACAGUCAUGUGCUUUGCAGGGAACUUGGUACAAGGGAUAAUAGUAGGGGUUGAAGAACCAGUUUGUUGGCCUUCUCCAUAUGCUUGUUCUAGUUGGUUGUAGUUUAGGUGUGAUAUUAACAGUGAGUUAUGCCAUUUCAUGUGCACUGAUUUUUGUUUUUUCAACAGGGGCAUUAAUUGCAUCCAUUUCAGUAAUGCAUCAUUAGGCAUCACCAUUGCUGUUCAAUCCUUAUGCCUUUCGGGUCUUCAGAAAGACUAGUUUGACACUGGUUUAUCCAGUGAACAUUAAAAUAAAAGUAUUGCAAGCAUUCUGCUGGACCAGAAAUAAAAUGGGUGAACUUCCACAAGCAGACAUAUUUUUAAAGGAACCCAGAACUGCUGGGCUCUUUCUUUAAGGCAUUAUCUUUCUGUAUCCUCCCCUAAAAUGGUUUCCACGGUAAUGUUUUUUUUUUAACAUUUGAGUCUCUCUAAAGUUGUCGCUCGAUUACAGUAUUCCUCAAGUGUCACCUUUUGUGUCAUUUUGCACAUAUUCUUGUUGCAUGUUUUAUUUUUGUGCAUUGUUUUGCCUUUUUUUUGUUUCAUUUUUAGGAAAUAGGAAUGCAAAUUCAUUUUUCUUGUACUUUUUAGUUUUUUUUUUCUGUUACCCGAUCAGUAAUCCAUCUUCAGUUUAGUAAUGCAGAGACUUGGUCAUGGCCUUGUGCCCCAUGGAUGAGUACUGUAAGUUAAAGGUCAGCUGCUUAAAGUGUCUAGCAUUAGGAAAGCAGUGUGAUUAGUGCAAUUCUUCUGUGUCUGGGCUGGGGUGUACAGUUCUUGUAUGUCCUUGUAAUGGUGUGGGCUUGUGUGCACACAGAAAUGUGCAUUAGUAUGUAUGUGAGGGUGCUGCAUGUGGAAAAAGACAAUAGGAUGGGCCAUUGACAGCUUGUCAUUAUGUCCCCCUUUGUUGGUACUGGAUUAUACAGCCAUCACUGCUGCACAGUACUUUGAUCAGUGGAAGAAGUUGUACCUUACAUAUGGAAAGGUUUAUGUCAUUUGGAAGGAAUGGUCUUGUACCGGCAUUCUUACCAGCAUGCCUUGACAACAGUCACCUCAGUGGAGUGGAUUGGGUACAUUAUAUAAAAUUGAUAACUUGUAUGCAUUACUGAUGUUUAGAACAUUGUGUUUGGGAGGGACAUUACUCUGGAGACUACAGUCAUUUUGCUGGGCCACCUGAGCCGGAGUUUCAUUUUUCAGCUGCUGUAUAAUAGUCCAUUCAAACUGUGGCAUUUUUUUUCUGUGAGACCAGAAACUCUGUGCACCAUUCCUUGCAUUCCUACUCUCCUGACUGUUUGCGACCAUCACUCAGUACAACAACCAGCUUAUCACUUUGCUUCCUGGAAAGAAUUUAUCACACAUUUAGUGUAGUAAUUUUUCAAUGAAAAUUCUUGGCUUAUAAUGUUUAAAUCUUUAUUUUCACCUUGAAAGCGGUCAUUCCUAACCUGUUCUGCAGCUGUCUCUGCAUUGAUGUUUGCAUGUAACUAAUAAGCAGUUUUUUUUUGCAUACAUUGUAUACAUUUGGCAGUGUAUGAUACAAACUGUUAGUGAAAUGCAGUGUGCACUAAUGGUGCUGUGCAAUGUUGUUGUAAUGGUGCUCUGCAAAAGUGUUCUUCACUCUUUUGUACCUUCUUUGUACUGGAUAGAUGCAUCGACUUUGCAGAUCACUUGAAAAAAUCUGUAGUAAUUACUGUUUCUAAAUCUUUAUGAAUGUAAGAACUGGACUAACACGUGAGACUGAGAGCGAAGAGAACCUCUGGUAAAGGAAGAUAUGCAAAGUUAAAAAUAUAAGGAAACAUGGAGAAAACUUUUUGCCAUGAAGCCUUUUUUUUGUUUAGAAAUCUUGUGAUGUAGAACACGAUUUACCAGCUUUUUAAAUGUUUAGACUGGACACAUGAAACAGAAUUGCCUGUCCAGAUAUAGAAAAGUAUAACUUUGGACUUGAAAUGGAUGGAGAAUUCAAAGGAAUACAGUAGGGAAUGGAGUGCUGUAAGAAACUCGGAAGAAGAACCAGUGGUCAUCUUGUGAUGUGUUCUUUGUUAAGUCUGCUGUUACCUUAAAUGACUGCAGUUCGAGAACCACACAAGUUGGCUCCAUAUUCUGCUGAGAUUGUUUCAGUAUUUUAUUUGCUGAUUGAGGUCUUUGUAUUUAAUGUUUAUAAAUAAGUCCUUUGAGUUGAGUCGUCUGAAAUGGUCAUAGUAAAUUGAAUUUUUUAUGACCAUUGUGUGAAGCAGCACUCACCAAAGCAAUUAAAAUUUUUAUUGAUUCAAA